AUGUGCUUCGUCUACGAGCAACUCUCAAGCCGUCAGAUAUCUCGAUUCGUCGGCCAUGAGGCCAUCGUGAUGGACGUUCGCUACUCACCUGAUUCGUUGUCCGUCCUGUCGGUGGCGAGAGAUGGCUGGGCUAAGUUGUGGCAGGCGAGCAGCGGAAAAACCCUCGUCGAGUUCGGCCCUCACCCUGCAUGGCUGACUUCUUGCGCGUUCGCUCCGAGGGAGAACCAAGUGCUGGUAGGAAGUAGCAACGGGAUCGUCUACCUGUGGCAAUACGAGGAGAAGAGAGGCUCCUUGCUCGCAGCGCUGGAGGGGCACACAGGACCUGUGCAGAGCGUCCGCUUUCUGCACUGGAAGGAGACGUACGCGAUCUCGGGGAGUCUUGACGGGUACGCAGCCAUCUGGAACAUUGACAGGAGAGCAGCCGUUGCUCGCAUGACCGCUAGAAGCCAUAUCAACUGCGUUGACACCUCCAGCGAUGGCCUUCAGAUCGCUCUAGCGCUGUCUGAGGGCGGGUGCACGCUAUGGAGCAGCACGAGAGACGGCAAGGAAAGCUCCUUCCGGAUGAGGCUGCGGCUGCGAGAGCAUGUCUCCGAGGUGUGGACUUGCGCCUUCUCCCCAGAUGGUAGCGAGAUCGUGACGGGAGCUGCCGAUCGGGUAGGUCGAGUCUUCAGCUGCAGGACUGGGCAGCUGCUGGGAAAGAUUGUCGGUCACUUGCGCUGGGUGUUUGCGGUUUCCUGGGUUGGCGACCUGAUCCUUACUGCUUCGAGCGAUCGCUCGGCCAAGUCGUGGGACCGUCGGAAC